UUAGACACUUGGAGAAGUUCCCCAGGGAGGGAGGGGAGCAGGGAAAGUGUGGGAGAGCAGCUCUGACUGUGCAGGGGUCCUGCUUGAAGAUCCAUUGCUAAGUCAUCAACGUGUCAGCUUCACCUUUCUUAUGCAAAGUAGUGUCGUAUACAAGGCGGAUCUCCAACAGGUUUUUUUUCAUCCUGGGACACAGCCCCUAAAACAGCUGCUCUGGCUGCAGAAAAAAGAGUGAGGAGGAGGAGGAGGAGGAGUGUCUGCAGGAGCAGGGAAGUGGAGCACAUUCACUUGGUUGUGACACCAGAGAAGAAGACAGAACAGUCCAGGCAGAGGGACAUGUGCGAGGAGGAGAAGAUCCUGCCACUGGUGGAGGCAUACUGAGCACUCAGCCUCCAACAGCAACUUCUGCAGAACCUCUUUGCUGUCACCACAGCUGCUUCCUUCCUACCCUAGGAGGAGAGAUAGAGAGAGACAUUAGCCCGGAGUUAUGCUGCUCUGAGCACCGUAUCAUCCCAGCCUGUGACUAACCACUAAAGGAUCUGCUGCCUCUGAGAGCUGCAGGCAUGGCUAUCACAGCUCUGCUCUCACGAUCCACUCUGCUUGUGCUGCUGGGAAUAUGCCUCUGCUCAGGGAUCAGCUCCAUAGACACAGACCGGACUGGUGAUGGCAAGUGUCAAACCAUAGAAAUCCCUAUGUGUAAGGACAUUGGCUAUAACAUGACCAGGAUGCCAAACUUGAUGGGACAUGAAAACCAGAGGGAGGCAGCCAUCCAGCUCCAUGAGUUUGCACCUCUGGUGGAGUAUGGUUGUCACAGCCACCUGAAGUUCUUCUUGUGCUCCCUGUAUGCUCCCAUGUGCACCGAGCAGGUGUCCACCCCAAUUCCAGCCUGCAGGGUCAUGUGUGAACAGGCAAGACUCAAGUGCUCACCCAUAAUGGAGCAGUUUAACUUCAAGUGGCCAGACUCCCUGGAUUGUAGCAAGCUGCCAAACAAGAACGACCCAAACUACCUGUGUAUGGAGGCUCCCAACAAUGGGACAGAUGAGGCCCCCAGAGGAUCUAGCAUGCUGCCUCCUAUAUUCAGGCCACAGAGACCCAGCAAUAGCCUUGACACCCAGCCCAAGGAUCUACCCAGCAGGACAACUUGUGAGAACUCAGGAAAGUUCCACCAUGUGGAGAAGAGUGCUUCUUGUGCUCCCCUAUGCACCUCUGGAGUAGAUGUUUACUGGAGCAAGCAUGACAAAAAGUUUGCCUUCAUCUGGAUUGCUAUUUGGUCUAUUUUGUGCUUUUUCUCCAGCGCUUUUACUGUGCUCACCUUCCUAAUUGAUCCUCAGCGCUUCAAGUAUCCCGAGAGGCCUAUCAUAUUCUUGUCCAUGUGCUACUGUGUGUAUUCUGUAGGAUACAUCAUCCGUCUUUUUGCUGGAGCAGACAGUAUAGCUUGCGAUAGAGACAGUGGGAAGCUCUACGUCAUCCAGGAGGGUCUAGAGAGCACCGGCUGCACCAUAGUGUUCCUGAUUCUCUACUACUUUGGUAUGGCCAGCUCCUUGUGGUGGGUAAUUCUGACACUGACCUGGUUCCUGGCUGCAGGGAAAAAAUGGGGACAUGAAGCUAUUGAGGCCAACAGUAGCUAUUUCCAUUUGGCUGCAUGGGCUAUCCCAGCUGUGAAGACCAUCAUGAUCCUGGUCAUGAGGAGAGUAGCUGGGGAUGAACUCACAGGGGUUUGUUAUGUUGGCAGCAUGGAUGUCAAUGCCUUGACGGGCUUUGUGCUUAUUCCCUUGGCCUGCUACCUCAUCAUUGGCACUUCCUUUAUUCUCUCUGGCUUUGUGGCUCUUUUUCACAUUAGAAGAGUCAUGAAAACUGGAGGGGAAAACACUGACAAGUUAGAGAAACUUAUGGUCAGGAUUGGUGUCUUUUCUGUUCUGUACACAGUCCCUGCCACUUGUGUCAUUGCUUGCUAUUUCUAUGAACGACUUAACAUGGACUACUGGAAAAUAUUAGCCACACAAGAUAAAUGUAAACGCAACAGUCAGACUCAAACCCUGGAUUGUACAAUGACAAACUCUAUACCAGCUGUAGAAAUUUUUAUGGUAAAAAUAUUUAUGUUAUUAGUUGUGGGUAUAACCAGUGGGAUGUGGAUAUGGACUUCUAAAACCUUACAGUCAUGGCAGAAUGUUUUUAGCAAAAGGUUAAAGAAAAGGAGCAGGCGAAAACCUGCAAGUGUCAUCACUAGUACAGGAAUCUACAAAAAGCCUCAGCAACCCCAAAAACUUCACCAUGGAAAGUAUGAAUCUGCCUUACAGCCGCCCACCUGUGUAUGAGAAGGGACUGUCUUUCUAUGUACUGCACAGAUUAGCCCUAGCUAGAAACCUGUUUAUUAGUCACCACAAUGCAGCAAGCCAAGGUAAUUCCUAAAGGAAACUUGUGGUUAUUGUACCCAAUGGAGAGAUGACUCUAUAAGAUAUAACUAAUACUUAUGGGCAGGGUACUGUCAUAUAAAUCCUGGGUGGUGUUGACUUUACCGAACUAGUGAUCUCAGAGAAAACAGGCACUUUCCUGUAUGUAUCUGGGAACUCUACUAAUAGCUACUGAAAUGCUUGAAAAUACAAAUGAAUUAUUAUUUUUUACAAUCUAGUUCCACUGGUUGAAUAGAUUUUACUCACGACUUAAGAUGUUGACCUCUUGCCCUCCUUGGUCCUCAAAGGCAAACUGUUCCUUUAAAGACAUAACCAUAGAGUUUAGUUGUGUCACUGGGAAAUAAUGUGCAAUAUUUAUUUUUUCCCACUACUUUAAAAAAAGCGAAACGUGUAUGUUUCUGCAAAGAGGGCAACAAAAGAGGUUUCUUGACAAAAGAACUGAGGCCUCCGUCCCUUUAGUCCUACCCUGUGGCUUUUUAAUGGAAAUCAAGCCAAAUGUUAUACACGUUGGGACUGUUUGGUUAAAAAGGGAGAUGGAUCAAUUCAAAGGGCUUAUUGACUCUUUCUAUUGUGAAACAAAUUCUAGCCAUGAAUAGAUCAAAAAGCACUAGAUACCGCAAAGGGAAACGUUGCAUGUUGUGUUGCUCUUUGCUAUGUGAAAUAUGCACCAUCUUUUUGUUUUUGGUUUUUUGCUGUACAUAUAUAAAUAUAAAUAUAUAUAUUUGUAACAUACAAUUAUUUUUCAUGCUUUACUAUUUUAUUA